AUGGAGAAUAAAUCCAAUACGCCAUCGUCAUCGUCCCCCUCGACUAGAACUUCUUCAAUCGCAUCUUCCUCAACCGCUGCUCCCCACUCAACUGGCGGUACAUCAAAGGGUCAGAUCCAUGUCAAGCUUAUAUCUGCCCGCGGUCUUAAUGUCACAUCCGUACACUCACGACCUUAUGUCGUCGUUCAAUUCGAGCAAAACGAGUUCGUAAGCCGUGAUCCCACAGACGAAAUGGACAAAGAGGUCAAGGGAACCGCGACCGCUCUCUCUCGCACAUCUUCCUCUAUUGCUCUCUCAGCUCUCUCAUCUAUCGGCGUUCCUCGCCCACCAGGCAAGUCUAGUCCCGGAAAUUCCCCCUCCUCGUCUAUUUCAUGCAAUCAACCUUCCCCGACCCUCCUUCCUUCUACGACUCAAGGGCUUUUUGGUCGCUUAUCCGCACACAAUCCCGUGUGGAAACACGAGGUGUCAUUCGACGUUACAUCCGAAGAAUCCCUGGUUUCAUUUAACCUCUAUGACCGCGUCGCGGACCAUCUAUUUCUCGGCACAGUACAAAUCAAGCCAGUGCUCAUCCAUGAUCAUACAGUUGAUCAAUGGUACAAACUUCGGCCGUUCGAAAACGAAGUAAUAAGCGGCGAAAUGCGGGUACAGAUCACAUUCGAGCAGUACAAGACCAAACGUGCGCUUACACCACGCGACUUUGAGUUCCUCAAAUUGAUCGGACGCGGUACCUUUGGCAAAGUCUUCCAAGUCCGGAAACGCGAUACAAAGCGAAUUUAUGCUAUGAAGGUUUUAUCAAAGAGAGAAAUCGUUGCCAAGAAGGAGGUCGCCCACACGAUCGGAGAGCGAAAGAUUCUACAACGUUCUUUAGAGUCGCCAUUCCUGGUUGGCCUCAAAUUCAGUUUCCAGACGGAUACAGAUCUGUACCUGAUAACAGACUUCAAGAGCGGUGGCGAGCUAUUCUGGCACCUCCAGAAAGAGACCCGUUUCUCCGAAGAACGGGCUCGAUUUUAUAUCGCAGAGCUGGUUCUGGCCUUGGAGCAUCUGCACAGAUACAACAUUGUUUAUCGGGAUCUCAAGCCGGAAAAUAUCCUUCUUGAUGCCACUGGUCAUGUCGCCCUCUGCGAUUUUGGGUUAUCAAAGGCGGAUCUACGGUCCGACGAACUCACCACGACAUUCUGUGGUACAACCGAGUACCUCGCCCCUGAAGUGCUUCUAGAUGAGCAUGGAUAUAGCAAACUCGUCGACUUUUGGUCGCUGGGCGUACUCCUCUUCGAGAUGUGUUGCGGUUGGAGUCCAUUUUAUGCCGAAGACACUCAGCAAAUGUACAAGAACAUUUGUUUUGGAAAGAUUCGGUUCCCGAGAAACGUUAUCAGUGAAGACGGCAAAUUGUUCGUGAAGGGGCUUUUGAACCGAAAUCCUAAACAUCGCUUAGGGGCACAUCGCGAUGCCGCGGAACUGAAAGAACAUUCGUUCUUCUCAUGUAUAGAUUGGAAAGCUCUUCUCUUCAAGCAAGUGACGCCGCCGUUCAAACCCGUCGUAGAAUCGGAUGAAUCGACUGCGAACUUCGAUCCAGAGUUCACCACUGCUAAUGUCAAAGAGGUUGGUGGUGGUCUCGACGGGCAUGGAAGUCCGGACGAAGAAGAUCCUAGCGAAGACUGGACCCAAACGCAGGGCGGCUUGCCAGGUUCGCACAUGCCGAACGGACCACUGGGUAGUGACCGUCAUGUCAAUGGCGUAAAUCCAAGUGGUCCGGCGGCCCCCCCCUCUUCCUUACUCACUGGCAAUGGCGCGGGACGUGCCAUUAAGAUAGGAUCGCGGAAGAAGCAAGAUGUAGCAGGGUCGCCACUGACGAACAGCAUACAAGAGAAAUUUCGCGGGUUCACGUACUCUGGAGGCGAAAGCGUGGUGAUGCAGGGCAUUAUGGGUAGAGAACCCGACGACGAUGAGGAUGAGGCAGUGGCUGAUGAAGAGGUUACAGAGGUGACCACAGAAGACGAGUUCGAAGACAGGGAGAGUUUCGCAGGACGGUACUCGAACCGAAGAAGAGGAAUUGAUGAUGAUAUAGCCGUAUGA